AUGUCACUGUUUAUGCGUACAUGGGAGAAUCGGUCUCACAUUCUAUCACCGUCACUAGCGGAAGUAUACGUCUUUUCUGUCUAUCUAUCUAUCUAUCUAUCUAUCUAUCUGUUUGCAUCUGUCUACCUUAAUGUGUUCGUAAUUGUUUGCCUCAGUCUGCUGUUCCUAUUGAUUUCUUUCUGUUCUCUGUCUCUAUUUCUAUUUACUUACGGGUCUUCACACUUUCCUCUCUAUUUACAAAUUCUUCUAUCAAAGCCCAUGCACUACCCUCUCUCUCUCUCUCUCUCUCUCUCUCUCUCUCUCACAUUAUCUAUCUAUCUAUCUAUCUAUCUAUCUAUCUAUCUAUCUAUCUAUCUAUCUAAUCUACUCAUAUCUAGUUAUGUAGCUAUCCAAAUCUAUUCAUUUCUAUCUAUCUAUCUAUUCAAGUCUAUCCAUAUCUAUAUAUCCAAGUUUAUUCAUACCUUUCUAUCAAUGUCUAUUCAUAUCUGUCAAUCUAUCUAUCUAUUCAAGUCCAUUCAUAUCUAUAAAUCCAAGUUUAUUCAUACCUUUCUCUCAAAGUCUAUUCAUAUCUGUCAAUCUAUCCAAGUCUAUCUAUCUAUCUAUCUAUCUAUCUAUCUAUCUAUCUAUCUAUCUAUCUAUCUCAGUCCUGCGGCGGAGGUGGUGGUGGCGAUGUCUGCAGUGUCAAAGGCGGCGGCGGCUGCUGAUGCUGAUGACCAUGCGAACGCGUUCGUGGAUGAUAUAUCUGACCUUAGUGCCAUUAAUCUGGCGAACAGAAGACGUAAUCAGACACUCUAUCUAUCUAUCUAUCUAUCUAUCUAUCUAUCUAAUUUAUUCAUGCCUAUCUAUCUAUCUAUCUAUCUAUCUAUCUAUCUAUCUGAGUCUAUUCAUAUCUAUCUUUCUCAGUAUAUUCAUAUCUAUCAAUCUAUCUAUCACAGUGUAUUUAUAUCUAUCUUUCUCGGUAUAUUCAUAUCUAUCUAUCUAUCUAUCUAUCUAUCUAUCUAUCUCAGUCUAUUCAUAUCUAUAUAA